CCUCCCUAUUUUAAUGCUAGCUAAGAUGGUGGUUUGAGCGUAAAUUGUCUCUACAAUACCAAGACAAGAAAGGGGCAAAACACCUUUAUAGCCUUUGAACUGAAACAGAACAACACAUCUGCGGUUAUCUUAAGUGACCGUUUACACAGAAUUUCACAUUUUAGACACAUUGGCUUACAGUCCCCGCCCAAUUUGGUGUGACUCCCUUGAAGUGGAAUCUAAGCUAAAUACGGACAGGCCUCGUGUUCUGUGACCAUCUUCACCACUCACCUGCGGCGCCAUAGGAUGUCCCACAGCCCUGAAAUGAAGGACGACCCCAUGGAGUGCCCACUGUGCAUGGAGCCACUGGAGAUAGAUGACGUCAACUUCUUCCCCUGCACUUGCGGCUACCAGAUCUGCCGCUUUUGUUGGCACCGCAUCCGCACAGAUGAGAAUGGCCUUUGUCCUGCCUGCAGAAAGCCGUACCCUGAGGACCCCGCUGUCUACAAGCCCCUGUCACAGGAGGAGAUUCAGAGGAUAAAGAAUGAAAAGAAGCAAAAACAGAACGAAAAGAAACAGAAGGUGACAGAGAACCGCAAGCAUCUGGCCAGUGUCCGUGUGGUGCAAAGAAACCUGGUGUUUGUGGUUGGUCUUUCACAGCGACUCGCCGACCCAGAGGUUCUAAAAAGACCUGAAUAUUUUGGCAAAUUUGGCAAAAUUCACAAAGUGGUCAUCAACAACAGCACAUCGUAUGCAGGUUCACAGGGGCCCAGUGCAAGCGCUUAUGUCACCUACAUCCGCCCGGAGGAUGCUCUGAGAGCAAUACAGUGUGUAAACAAUGUAGUGGUUGAUGGCAGAACACUCAAGGCUUCCUUGGGGACAACAAAAUACUGCAGUUACUUUCUCAAAAGUAUGCAGUGUCCCAAACCUGAUUGUAUGUAUCUACAUGAGCUGGGGGAUGAAGCAGCUAGUUUUACAAAAGAAGAAAUGCAGGCUGGAAAACAUCAAGAAUAUGAGCAGAAACUUCUAGACCUUUGUAAAAUUAAUCCUAGUUUUCAACAACCCCCAACAUGUGCAACAGAGAAGUCAAAGAGUAAAACCAACUCCACACAAAGAACCAAUAAUAGCAAUGGGAAAGAUGGGUGGCCAACACUGUCGUCGGGGCAUAAUAAACUGGUUAAUGGACUUUCAGAAGAUCGCAAGUCCCCUCCACUUCUAGACUAUCUAGACCAAGAAGGUCUCACUUCAGAUGGGUUAGACUCAGAACUCGCUUCAGUCCAACGAACCGCUUUGUCCCCCUUUUCUUCAAACUGUGACAGUAACAGCCCCAGUGACAAACCUCCGGAGUCCAUCAGUUUGGUUAAUGGAGAGACUUUACCACAGAUGCCCACCAGUGACUCCCCCUCCCCUCCUCCUGGUUUAACAAAGCCCAGUUUGGUGGUGCCCAUCAGUGUCUCAGACCUCACAGCCCGCUCUCCCUUUGAGGGGGCAGCUGCUGAGUCCCAAUCCCUGUUUUCAGACAACAGCAACUUCAGACAUCCAAACCCUCUCCCUGCUGGCCUUGCUCCAUUCCCCAGCUCCCCCCGUGGCAACUCAGACUGGCCCAUGACCCCUGAACCACAAAGCCUCUUCACCUCAGACACAAUACCAGUGUCUUCCUCCACAGACUGGCAGGCAGCCUUCGGCUUUGGCUCGUCCAGUAAACAACAGGACGAUGACCUAGGCUUCGAUCCUUUUGACGUCACCCGUAAGGCCUUGGCAGAUCUGAUUGAGAAGGAGCUGUCUGUUCAGGAUCAGAGCCCUUCGUCCCCAGGACCCCUUUCUCAGGGGACUAACCACAGCCCAGGUCUGCUCCCUCUAAACCCUAACAGCUCCCACCAUUUCCCCAGCGGCCUUCCACGCCACCCCCAACUCCACCACAGAGCCAUAUACAACUCUUUCAGUUUUCCCGGAAGUCAGCCAAACCAAGCCAGUCAACAGCAGCCCUCCCCCAGACACCCGUGGAUGAGCGUCCCCACACGGAAUAACCUCACACACUUGAACCACUCAGCCAGCGCUGCCUCACACAGUCAUUUCCUGGACCUGAAUCUGCCCCCUCAGCACAACACAGGCCUGGGAGGGAUCCCCAUUUCAGAAAACAGUGGCUCUAUAGACGGCUUAAAUGUGAAAGAAUGGCAGGAUGGUCUGAGAGCGCUUUUACCAAACAUCAAUAUCAACUUCGGUGGUCUCCCAAACUCAUCGUCCUCUUCAUCGUCCUCCUCCUCCAAUAGUGUUAAUCACGUUGGCGGGCCGACAGGGCCGGCAGGUAUCUCCCACAGCCUCAGCUGGGACGGUACAGCCAGCUGGAUGGAUCCUGCAAUCAUCACAGGUAUCCCGGCCUCAGGCAGCAGUUUAGACUGUCUUCAGGACGAUAACCCUCCUCACUGGCUCAAGUCACUGCAGGCUCUCACAGAAAUGGACGGCCCAGCCAGCUCAGCAGUGCCCACUCCCGCGCCCCUUCACAGUGGCCUCCUUGACGCUCAUCUUCCCAUCCCGCACAGAGCCGCCGGCGGCUGGGCUCCCUACCUGCCCCCUCCCACAGCCAACCCCAGCCAAUUCCACUCCCCACCCCCAGGCUUCCAGACGGCUUUCAGACCCCCGGGACAGCCUGCCACAGAGCUGCUACAGAGUGCCGCUGUGGACCGCCACUGAACAGACUUCAGCAGACACCCAUUUGUUCCCCACUACCACUUUAUACCCACUCAUCCUGUACCUCUUCCCUGUCCCAACGCAAUACACACCAAUCUGCAGAGUAUAAAAUUAUUAACAAAGUAACAGACAUGCUUUCUUCUUUUUCUCCUUCCUUUUUGUCAACUCCAAAGGCCUGUAUGUUUUUGUUUGUGGCACAAAGUUCCCUUUGUCUUCUACCAUCACCACUCCUUAGACCUAGUUCUGGGCAAUAUGUUUGGGAUCCAUUGUGUAGCUUACAGUUAAUGGAGAGCACAAGAGUACGUCCAGAAUGUGCAGGUAACACAAGUCUAACUCCACAAAUAGCAGUGAAACAAAUUAGCUUAAGAGAGGUCUGUUUUAAAAGUUACUAAUGCUAAAGCAUGAGCAACAUUUGUGUUUGAAAGUUGAAAUUGUCAUGAUUAGUUUGUAAGGAAUGAUGCAAGCUGUGAAUCUGCUCUAGAAGCUUUGCCCCAAAGUCCCUCACCCUCCCUGGUCUCACGGGGGACUGUGAAACGGUUAGCCCUUAUAGCAAAUCCAUUCAAACAGACAAUAGGGGAGGUCAGCAUUGGCUUUUUAAGAAUAGUUUUCAAAGAAGUGUAAAAAGAACAGAGUUGGUUAGUGAAUGCAUAUGUCACAGGGUAGUGGUGGGUGCAGGCUGUGCAUGGGCUCCCUGUAGGGUAGGGCCGACACUUGGCCCAUAUUCCCUUCUGUAGAAGGCCCCGUGGCCCCUUCUCGCUGAAAGGGAGAAUUUGCUGAACCUCUGUAUCAGAGGAUAGAGCACUGCCUACAGCAGGGAGCCAGGGCUUUGGGAGAUGGUGGCGCAACCUGAGCACUAGGGUUAGACUCGUACUCACAGUGCCACUGUGUGGUAGCUGCAGUAGUUAGCCCUGUCACAGACAGCCACCCAACAAACAGAACCAUGAUGAGAGCUUAUUGCAUGUCUAAUACUGAGGGUAGCGCAGGCUUAACGGGUCCCUGUGUUCCACCAGGAGGGUCAAAUGAGGCCUUAACUUGGACAGAUGAGAGAGGAGCUUGAGUGAUUGGAGGUGGGAGUCUAGUGUCAGUGACUGCUGAAAAAUAUGCAAACCUGUAUGUGACUUCAGCAGCUGUAUGUGAGUGUCUACACAGGAUGGUGCUAAACAAGAUAUCAAGCACCGCAGCAGUGAUCCAUGGACCUCUCAGCCUUUAGAAUUUAAGAUUGAACUUCACAACCACCGCCUUUUUUUUUUUUUUUUUUUUUUGAAGUCUUAAAUUCAAAUCUGUGUUUGCUCUGUCCCUCUCGCUCUCCCCUGCCCCCCCUUUGCUGUUCCCUGUUUAACAGUAUUCACAUAAAUGAACAAAUUCAUCCAGGAGAAAUCAACACAGAGUCAUACUGUGGGUUUUAACAAUGAUGUGACGAGAAAAAAAUACAUUGAGGCGCUUAAAGGAAGUGAACUGUCCUCUGCAGGUCUGGAAAAAUGAACCUUAAAUAAAACUGAAAACUCUGACGUAA